UGAAAGCUGAGACGGGGGCACGGUUGACUGCUGGUCCCGAACUCCGCACAGAGCUCGUCUACAAAACCAGGAGCGUCGCUGUUCCUGCAGCUCACUUCUCUCACUUCUCUCACUUCUCCCACUUCUCUCACUUCUCUCACUUCUCUCACUUCUCCCACAUCUGCGCUGCGGGACGUUUAUCCUCCACUGCGCGCUCACAUCUGUAGCUCUAUCGAACGCAGCUUGGAUACCGCGGCCUCUCUCCCCUGCGCAGCUCCAUCCCCUCCUCGCUGGGCCCCGGGUUCAGAGGUGAUGGUACCACGCUCUCACGGGGGACCGGUCCUCAGGUGAUGGUCUUUCUGGAGAUAGGGACCACUUCUGGAAACGCUCUCGCUCUUCCCACAACUGUUCGUUUCCCCCCACACCCGUCGUUUACAUCGCUUUGGCUCGAGCAUGGCUCUGUACUCUCGGUUUGUGGUCGUGCUGCUCUACGGAUGGAGUUAUCUGUGCGUUGGAUACUGCGCGAUGCUGAAGACUGACACUGUCCCCGAGAGGCGAAAGGUGGAUUUUACGCAUUCGGAGGAUAACAAGCAUCAGGCUCAGGAGGAGCAGGAGCUGCUUUUACAGGAUACUAUGACGGAACACAUGCAGAUGCUUUACGCGAAGUACAACCGGGCUGGAUUUCCCUUCAAGGACGGAAACACGGUCCGCAGCUUCAAAGCGCACUGGGGGACCAUAAACAACAAGCAGCUGCAGAUCUUCAACCUCACGUCCCUCACGAGGAGCGAGGACGUCCUGUCGGCCACGCUUCACUAUUACAUCGGAGACCUUCAGAACGGGACCCGCGGCUGCUCCAGGACCAAGAGCUGCGGGCGCCACGGGCCCCGGAGACACAGCCACGUCCACAUGGUCGUCUGGAGCUUCGCCUCCGUGGACAACCACAUGAGGACGCUGGGACAGUUUCGGAUCAACGUGUCCACCCUCUACCGGGACUUCAUAUCCUGGCAGUGGAAGGACAUCACUCGUGUGGUGAACCAGGCCAAGCACCACGACCAGCUGCUCAUCGGCAUCGACGUGGCCUCGCAGGGGCCCCGGCCCUGGAAGCAGCUCCUGUCCGACCGCUCGCCCUACAUCCUGGUCUACGCCAACGACUCGGCCAUUUCAGAGCCCGAGAGCGUGGUCGCCACCCUGCAGAGACACCACUCAGUGGGGGGGGAGGGCGCCGUCUCACCAGGGCCCCACAAGCUGGGCCUACCUGAGCGAAACCACACCGAACAAGCCGAGCAGCUCCGGCACAAGCGCUCGGUGAACGUUCUGCUGCCGCUGCAGAACAACGAGCUGCCCGGCCCCGAGUACCCGUACCAGACGACCGGCUGGGACCAGACCAGUCCCUACGAGCCCUUCGAGGACAAGCAGGCCCGCCGGCCACGCAAGAAGACACGCAAGAACCAGCGGAACCACAAGAUGCCCCUGCUGCAGUUCGACGAGCAGACCAUCAAGAAGGCUCGGAAGAAGCAGUGGAUCGAGCCCAGGAACUGCGCCCGCCGCUACCUGAAGGUGGACUUCGCCGACAUCGGGUGGAGCGAAUGGAUAAUAUCCCCGAAGUCGUUUGACGCCUACUACUGCUCCGGGUCCUGCCAGUUCCCCAUGCCCAAGGCUCUGAAGCCGUCGAACCACGCCACCAUCCAGAGCAUCGUGCGGGCGGUGGGCGUGGUGCCGGGGAUCCCCGAGCCGUGCUGCGUCCCGGAGAAGAUGUCCUCCCUCAGCAUCCUGUUCUUCGACGAGGACAAGAACGUGGUGCUGAAGGUCUACCCCAACAUGACCGUGGACUCCUGCGCCUGUAGAUAGUUUAUUUGUGUUUUUCAUUCUCUCGUUCCUUUCGAAGCUUGUUCACGUCAAACUCAUGUCACACAGAAAAAGAAACAAACAUCAACACAUGCAGCGGACCUCUCUCCUCCCGUCUCCUCGGUCCCUCUCCCCCGCCAGCGCCCACUGAACACGACUUCCCUGUUGCACUGGAGGAGAGCACGGCCUGUUGGCUCCAGGCGAAGAGGAGACGGCUGCGUCCACAGGGAAGGGACGGACGGCGAGACUUCAUCCUCGAGGAAGACAAACUGGAACGGGGACAAGUCAAGUCUCCACGCUCCCACCUCACCACUGGUCAUCCUGUCGUCUCUAUCGAGAACCACAGACUCACUCUCAAGACGUGAAAACACAGACCGAGGCACAGACCGACAGAGGACGACUGACCUGAGACCCGUGGAGGACGGAGGGAGGCUCACCCUCGUCUUCCUCUUCUUCACAGCUCGACUUUGUCCCCUCUGCUCGCACUUGCAUGGUUUCUGUGUCUGUAUUUAUGUCUGUACUAUCACUGUGUUAUUCACUAUAUGAGACGUUAUCGUGUACUUAUUGGCUUGGCUGCUAUAGACAGAUAUAUUAGAUUCCAAAGCCAGAGUUGUGAUGUGGCCGGGAGGAGGCCUCACGCGGGUUCAGAUCACGGCUCCCUCAUCUUCAGAGUUUCUUCUACUGGAAGGACCAAGCUACAUUUCACAUGUGGUUCUUCAGCAACACUUCCUUUUAGAGGAGACUCAUAAUUCCAUUGCUUUGCCGAGAAAAAUUUUCAAGCUUUACUGGAGUUAGUUUUGAAAGAUAAAAGGGAUGAAACAUAUCAGAAGGAGAAACUAGUAGAUUGAAUAAGUGUAGCAGCACCUCGAUGACACGUGGGUGGAGUCACGAGACUUGGGGAACGUCGAGGAUUCAACCAACAACCCGGACUUCUUUUAUUCUUCUUUUAAGAUAAUGUUUCAAACUACGUGUCGUCUUUACAGCCUCGAAUGGCGUCUAACAAGAAAAGCUAAUGUAAACUCCCAGAAUGCAUCUGGAAAUGUGUUUAUGUCUAGUCUGGUCUCAAGAAACCUCAGCAUCACAGCAACAUUCAGCGCUGAUCUGGAAUCAGUUUGGUUUUAACUAUUUACAUUUAAAAGUGCCUGGAUUUUUUUUUUUAAGUUUAAAAAGUUUCCACCACAUUUUCCCAAAAUGUCUCAUUUGUUAUGAGCAAGAAAACAAAUGUAACAAACAUGACGUGUGAUGUGAUGAAUGAUCAGUGAGAGCUGGGUCACAUGAGCCUUUACUGUUAUUGUACAAUGUGGAUUUUACAUACAUUUUACAGGGGGGCGGGAAGGGGGGGGGG